ACUAUCUUCUCCCCUCACGAAAAACCCCCAACCCUUCUUCCCACGGCAAUCCGCCGCUCUAAAAUCUCCGACGGAAAUGCAGCGAACGAAGCAGAAGAAACCCACAACUCUCCUCCUCCCCUGCGCUCUCUCUUCUCCGACGAACAAACCCAGACCUAGCAACCCUAGCCUCCGACAAGCUCCUCCCCUGCGUUCUCUCCUCCGCCGCUUCCCUUACUGCCACCGCGAUCUCCUCUUCGUCGAGCAGUCGCAAGUAAUCGCCGCCGCCUUCAAUCUCCAGCCAUCGCUCGCCGCCCUGGUGAGCAACCAGAGAAGAUCCGCUGCUCGAUUUGUGAUUCAGGACCGGGACCGGAUAGCAAACAAUCCAAUCUCAUAUUCGGGCUUAGAUUUGAGGUAAAAAAACCUGGAUAAAGACCGGAUAAGAGACCCCAACACUCAAAUACCCACAAGCUCAAUCUAAAAUCAAAAUCAAAUUGGGACCGGACCAGAUCAAGACCGGAGUGUAUCCAAUCCAAUCUUUGGUGCUUAUAUUCCCGAAAAGACCGGACUGGGACCUAAUCAAUUUGGUCCAAUUUAACCGGACCGGACCGUAUAGCCACCUCUAACAGGCGCUAUACAUCCUUCUUUCCAAAUCGAAGAAGGGAGGGGCUGGUAGUAGCAAAGUAGACAGUAAGCACAUUUUAUAAUGAAAUCCUUUUCCCUAUAGAGACACAAAAUUUUUUGACCCUACAACUCCAAUUGAUUCAGCAACAGGAGAGAAGCCGCCAUGACCUCAAGUAAUUCGGCGCCAGCCACGGCAGCGGAUUGCUGAGAGAACGGCAAUAGACCUUGAUGCUCCCCGACGAUCUAGAAGUAGCAACCGUCGGAAGCAGGGUCGACAGAUCGUCGCCUCUGCUUCCCCGUUGAUGGAACGCAUGGCCGGAACAGAAAGAAGAAAGAGGAAGAGGAAGAAACAGAGGAGAUGGCGGCGAAGUGCGAGCGCCGACGGAAAGGGGAAGGCCAUGCCGGUGGGCUGCCUUUUCUUUGGAGGUCACUCGCUUUAUUAAUAUGUAUAUUAGUUAUUGUUUUUAUGAAAAUAAAAUAUUUGUUAGAUU